UGAAAGAAAAGGAGAGGAGAGAAAGCAAGAGGAGGGGGGGCCGCAGAAUUUGCAAUUCUGAGGUUUAUAAUAAGACAACGAUAUAGAGAGUCUUGGGGGAAGAUAUAUCGGAAGACUUUUAUCGGUUUUGGUAGGAAGUAGCGGGUAGUUUAUAUAUGCAGUGUAGCAAUUUGAGGGAGCGAGGAUAGGCAAAGUCGGCAAAAAAGAAAAGAAUUCCAAGACAAUGGAUGCCACCGUGGGACUUGGAUGCGGUAUAUAUAGACAGAUGACGAGUUUUCGGAAGAUUUUUCGACCAAUGGUGGAUGUGCAUGUACAAGCAAAGUCACUGUCUAUGAAUUACGUGCGUGAGGUGUAUGGCCCACACUUCGGGCGCCCGGAUGGAACAGGAACAUUCACAUGA